AUGUUGUUUGACGAAAUGUUACCUAGAAGAUUUAUUUUCCCUGAUGUGGAAUCAAGUAAAAAUAAAGCAGAAGCUGGGGGAUAUAAUAAUUUAAGGCAAAAAUUUAAAAAUAAAUUUUGGUGA